CAGUAAAUUCUACGCCCCCCGGCAUGAAUCUAACCGAUUCAACAGAACGAAAAAUCUAGAGGGUCUCGCGUCGCCUUAAAGCUCAGAAAGAUUGGACUCUGAGACGCGCACCCACACACACAUACAGAGGCAAUAUCAUAAAUGGGUUCUGCAUGCAAGGAUGUCAGGGAAGAAGUCAUUCAGGCAUGGUAUAUGGAUGACAGUGAUGAAGACCAGAGACUUCCCCAUCACUGUGAUCCCAAGAAAUUUGUAUCCCUAGAUCAGCUUUCUGAACUUGGAGUACUCAGUUGGCGUUUAGAUGCUGAUAACUAUGAAACGGAUGAGGAAUUGAAGAAAAUUCGCGAGGACCGUGGAUACUCUUACACGGACCUUAUUGAAGUUUGCCCAGAGAAGCUACCCAAUUAUGAGGAGAAGAUAAAGAACUUCUUCGAAGAACAUCUUCACACUGACGAGGAGAUCCGCUACUGUGUGGCAGGAAGUGGUUAUUUUGAUGUGAGGGAUCGAGAUGAUGCUUGGAUCCGUGUUUGGGUAAAGAAAGGGGGAAUGAUUGUCUUACCUGCUGGAAUUUAUCACCGUUUCACGCUUGAUACAGACAACUAUAUCAAGGCAAUGCGACUGUUUGUCGGCGAUCCUGUUUGGACUCCGUUCAAUCGUCCUCAUGAUCAUCUAGCUGCAAGGAAAGAGUAUCUUGAAGCUUUUGUUCAGACUGGAGGUGGAAGUCAUGCUGUUGAUGCUGCAGCUUGAAAUGUGUCGCUGCUUUUAUAACAUAUCCAUGAAUUUAUAAGUGUGUAUGCUUAAGUUGCUUAUAUGGGUUGGCUUGCCGGCUUAGUCUUUUACAUGCAACUGGCAUAAAAUUUAAUCUCAGUUUGUUUUAUCAUUAUGUCCUUAAUAUGGAAUUGUGUGAUGUAAGCUUGCUUUUGUGAAUGGAAUAUGUAUGUUGAUCUAGA